AUGCAAGACAUGGCACCGACCACAUUACCAGUACCAGCAAGAGCAACAGCCCCAUCAACUCAAGCACCAGUACCAGCUCCAGCACCAACUGCAGCUCCAACCCCAACAUCAUCUGCUGCACCAUCUUCUGCACCAGCAUCAGCACCAGUUUCAGCAUCAGCUCCAACACCAGCUCAAGCAUCAUCACCAGUUCCAGUACCAGCCGCAGCUCAGCCCUCACUGCAGCAGGACAGACAAGAGACCAACGGAGAAAUAAAGGAUAUGCUGCAAAUGCUGCUUCGACAGGUGGGGCAGAUGAUGCCUAUGACACAACAACAGAUGGCUCAGCAAUCUCAAUUCCAGGAGAGGUCGUUCGCGCUCCUCCUCGACCAACAGCAGCACCAACCUGUAGUGGGCCUUGGAAAUGGUCAACAACUCUCUCCCAGUGCCUUCACGCUGAAGAUGUUGAUGUGUGUUGCCUUCAGGAGGUCAGAAUUAGUGCUCAUUAUGCAAAAUUCGUAA